CAUUAAAAAAAAAAAAAAAAAAAUUGAUUUGAAACUCCUAUCUAAACUAAAAUUAGGUCGUGACAGAUGAGGUACCUUUAUCCCUCAAUUCACACCAUUUUUAACCUUCAAAAAAUUGCAUUAUCUUCUAUUAAAACAAAUUUGCAUAUAUGCACCUGAAUUUUGUUAUUCUGAUGGCAAACUCUAUUUAAAAUAAUAAUCAUAUCCACUCGAACCAAGUUUGACUUUAAUCCGGCAAAACCGGAACACUCCGGCUUGUUCAGAAGGUUCUGGUAAGGUUUUACUCUAAACGAUUUCUUCUCCUUCGCCGCACACAUGACACACCUGACACCUUCCGAGUCCUUUUGACAUAGCUAUGAUCGUGGUGGGUUAAUGGCGAUUUCUGAAUCCAACCCUGACUCAAAUCUAAGGAUCCUCCAAGCUGGAGAUGAAUGGCAAAAGCUUCUUCUAUUCGCCAAUUCGUCACAUCCAGAUUCAUCCCCCCUGUCCCGGGUCUGGGUCUGCUUAAGGGUUUCAAACUUGUCGAAGGUUCCAAUACUAUCCUACACCUCUUCCAAGUCCACGCUAGGCUUAUCACCUCUGGUAACUUCUGGGAUUCUUCUUGGGCUAUCAGAUUGUUAAAGUGUUCUUCUCGUUUCGGCGAUUCCAGCUACACCGUAUCGGUACACCGCAGCAUUGGGAAGCUCGACUGUACCAAUUCCGUAUUUAAGGCGUAUUUGGUCUCUUCUGCUCCGAGACAAGCGUUGGGGUUUUACUUCGAUGUAGUGAGAUUUGGUUUUUUUCCUGAUAGUUACACCUUCGUUUCGUUGAUUAGUUGUAUCGAGAAGACGUCUUGCAUUGAUUCUGGCAAAAUGUGUCACGGGCAAGCCGUGAAGCAUGGAUGCGAUCGAGUUUUGAAUGUUCAAAACUCGUUGAUUUAUAUGUAUACUUCUUGUGGUGCUUUGGAUCUUGCGAAGAAGCUGUUUGUUGAAAUUCCUAAAAGAGAUAUUGUGUCUUGGAACUCUGUAAUCAAGGGGGCGGUGAUGAAUGGUGAUCUUUUGUAUGCGCACAAGUUGUUUGAUGAAAUGCCUGAGAAAGAUAUGGUUUCUUGGAAUAUCAUGAUUGGUGCUUAUUUGAGUGCUAACAAUCCUGGAGUUUCCAUUAGUUUGUUUCGUGAGAUGGCUAGAGCAGGGUUGCAAGGGAAUGAGAGUACUUUGGUUUCGUUGUUGAAUGCUUGCGGUAGAUCAGCUAGACUUAAGGAAGGUAGGUCCGUUCACGCUUCAUUGAUAAGAAGAACCUUGCUGAACUCGAGUGUAGUUAUUGAUACAGCUCUGAUUGACAUGUAUGGAAAGUGCAAGGAAGUAGAUUUAGCACGUAGGAUAUUCGAUAGUGUAUCCCGUAGGAACAAAGUUACGUGGAAUGUGAUGAUAGUGGCACAUUGUCUACACGGGAAUCCUGAAGAUGGGUUCAAGUUAUUUGAAGCUAUGAUCAAUGGUAAGCUCAUGCCUGAUGAAGUAACAUUUGUUGGUGUUCUCUGCGGCUGUGCUAGAUCUGGGCUUGUUUCUCGAGGAGAAAGUUACUACACCCUGAUGGUUGAUGAGUUUGAGAUCAAACCAAACUUUGGACACCAAUGGUGCAUGGCUAAUCUUUACUCCAGCGCUGGAUUCCCUGAAGAAGCAGAGGAAACUCUGAAGAAUCUGCCAGAGGAAGAUAUGACGCCAGAGACUGCAAAAUGGGCUAACUUGCUUAGCUCAUCGCGUUUCACAGGAAAUCCGUCUAUAGGGGAGAGCAUUGCCAAGUCCCUGAUAGAGACGGAUCCUCAGAACUACAAGUAUAACCAUUUGCUGAUGAACAUCUACUGUGUUACAGGACGGUGGGAGGAUGUUGAUAGAGUGAGGGAGAUCGUGAAGGAAAGGAAAAUAGGACGGAUACCAGGGUGUGGCCUUGUGGACUUGAAGGAGAUAGUCCAUGGACUAAGACUAGGAUGCCAAGAGGCAGAAAAAUGUGAUCAAAGAGACUAGUUUAGAGAAAUCAGUGAUUUACUGACAUAAGCCCUGUUCUUUUAUCGAUCGCUACAAUAGCGACUGCGACCGAAAAUUAAAGAGGGGGAAGCUGAAAGGACGACCCAGUUUUUUGAAAAAUCAGUCGCUGAGUUUUUUGGAACUGAUGAAAUGAAAAUAUUUUCUAAUCGCUGGUUUUUUUGACGACUCCACAGUCGCUGUAUCACGCUUCCCGUUUUUCCAAUCUCACUUCCAUUUUUUCCGGUGUUACUUUUUUUUUACAGUUUUAAAUUGUCGUUUUGCUUUCAUAUUUUUUAUGUUCACCGUCGUUUUAUACAGUCGCAGUCGCUAUCUCAGCGAUCAUCAAAAGAACAGGGCCAUAAUAAGAAGCUAGUCCCCAAAUCAAAGCGCACUUUUGCCAGAUCCUCCAGGCUAUGAAGUCAUGAAAAUUGAAAGCUGUUCUUGGGAAUGAGCAUGAGUUGGUCUGUUUUUGUAGACAGAGUAGUAAAAUUUCUGAUUUAGAAUGGAAAGAGGAGAAAAGUUAUGGUUUUCUCAAAUUGUAUCUGAUCCUGUCUCAUUUGUUUUUUUCUUUUC